AUGCAGCGAUUGAUUCUCUUUACACUUUUAAUUCUAUUUACUACUGCCUAUCCGGUUGAACAUUCUGUGAGUGAUUCGAACGUACGUCAAACGAAAAGUAUUGAACUGAUGAAUUGGCAACUGACCGAUCGAUUAUACCGACAGCUUCAUUCAGAACAAAAUCAUCGUCAUAGAACAGUAGACCUUCGUACGAAAUCUUAUGAAUAUCCAUCUGAACUCCGGCCUGUUGAAGGACCUAUCAAUAUUGAACAGUUGCUGGCAAUGUUAGCAGCAAGAAAUGUCAAACGGUAUCCUUAUUCUCGGCACAAUGAUCCUGCAGUGAUUGGUUGA